AUUAUUAAAAAAUAAAAUUCUUAUGCCAUCAAAGAGAAGAAAUAAUGGUCGUUCCAAGAAAAACAGAGGACAUGUCAAACCAGUUACAUGCUCAAAUUGUUGUAGAUUAGUUGGCAAAGAUAAGGCCAUCAAGAGAUUUACAGUGAGAGACAUUGUUGAUGCAUCAUCAAAAAAGGAUAUCUUGGAAGCAUCAGCUUAUGACACCAAAUAAUAAUAGUCAAUUCCAAAAUUGUUUGACAAACUCUAAGUAGUGUUUAUAUUAAUCAGAAUAGUAUUGCGUAUCAUGUGCUAUCCAUGCUCGUAUUGUGAGAGUCAGAUCUUCUGAGGACAGAAAAAUUCGUGUCAUUGAAAGAAAACGACCUGUUUAACAAACGACUUAAAAAAAGGAUGCCACCAAAGUUUAAGCUCCAGUCGCAGCUCAAUGAUAUAUAUAUUACAAACAUACAUUAAUCAAUUUGAAUUUCCUCAAAG